GAUGAGGUGUGCAUCAGCACGUUGAUCACCAGCGAUCUCCCAGACGCCGUAGACUUGAAAACCGUCCAGACUGCCACGCAGGGCGACGGCACCGCACGGAAGCUGGUCACAUGCAUACAGCGGGGGAGCCUCGACCAAGACCCCGACCUGGUUCCGUUUCGCGGGGUCUUCCCGGAGCUGAUGUACGCCAGAGGUGUCAUCCUCAAGCAGGACCGACUCUUCAUUCCCGACGUCGAACUGUACCCUGGGUCUGGAAGUCUCCAAGAUGUCGUUGUUGACCUCGCACAUGAAGGUCAUCAAGGGGUGGUGAAGUGCAAGAGACUACUUCGCUCCAAGGUCUGGUUUCCGGGGAUGGACAAGAAAGUUGAACAGAAAAUCUCUCGGUGCCUGGGGUGCCAGGCGUUGACACCGACCACUCGGCGGGACCCCCUGCAACCGUCCCCACUUCCGGAUCACGCUUGGCAGCAUCUCGACGCGGAUUUUUGGGGCCCACUGCCAAGCAAUGGGGAGUACUUGCUCGUGCUGAUCGACGAGUACUCUCGGUACCCGGUGGUGGAGCUAACGCGCGGCACCAGUGGAGAAGCGGUGAUACCGGUCCUGGACAAGGUGUUUUCCACGCAUGGAUUCCCGGAAACGCUGAAAACGGACGGCGGGCCUCCGUUUAAUGGACACGACUUUCAAACGUACCUGCGUUGGGCGGGCUGCAAGCACCGCAAGGUGAGCCCGGAGGAUCCGGAGGCCAAUGGGCUGGCCGAAAACUUCAUGAAGAUCCUGAAAAAAUCAUGGCACACGUCCGUGAUCGAAGAUAAGAACCCGAUGCAGGAGAUGUACAAGAUGCUGCGACAGUACAGGGCCACCCCACACAGCAGCACCGGUAAGCCACCGGCGGAGGUCCUGUUCAACAGACCAUACAAGGUCAGACUGCCAAAUCCAGCUUGGCCAACGCAUGGCAGUCCACUGGAAGCAGCACACAACGCUGCUAAGGCCUCUCAGAAGCACUACAAAGACGGCAAGUCAAACGUUCGAGCACACAACAUCGCUGUAGGCGACACAGUCCUUCUGCGGCAAACGGCAACAAAGCAAAAGCCCUGGUAUGAUCCUUCACCAUAUCAGGUCAUCAAGGUCCUCGGCACGCAAAUCACGGCCAGCCGAGGCCAGAAGACAAUCACAAGAGAUGCGCAGCGCCUCAAGAAGGUGUGUCUCGAUCCGUCAGACGCUACCCGGUACAGGGAACAGCGGUAUCCGAUGGACCACCGCACAGGAGACGAGCACUGGCCAGACCUGCAUGGCCCAGUGAGUGGUGAUACCGUCGCUCGGCCUCCGGAGCCCGGCCAGAGUGUCACCGGCGCUACUGGAGCCCUGACGUCGGACAGCGCCGAUGCCGACGGGGCCGAACACCGCACGGAGGCCGGCGCGAACGAGUCGACUGCCGCCGGAGAGGGUGGGUCGCGCGAUGCGACAACGACAACACCCGGACUCGGUCGGCAGCGCCGGUCCGAACGGGUGACGCGGGCCCCGGUGUACCUCCGCGAGUAUGUGCAGUGAAUCCGGCAGGACUGGCUCGCGCACGGCACCACGGAGAACUAUCUCAUGUUACACAUACGAAGUGCGAUUGUUGCUGCUGUAACGUAACCCGCACGGUUACAUAUUCAUACAUUGACACUUUUUUGUAUCUUUUUAUUUCUUUCUGUUAACCGUUUAGGUGCAAGGUAUGUAGGUACAUCGCUCAGUCGAGAUCACCAUAUUGCAGAGGAGAGGUGUAAGGUCCUGUUACGUUAUCGUGCUACUUUUUUCUUGUGUUCCGACCUUCGUGUUUGUUAGCUAGUCGGCCGAAAAGUCAGCUGUAUCCGUGUGGGGGCAAGCAGACUGGAGCAGACUGAGCUUUCCGUUCACUCUUUACAGUGUAGGUACAUUGGACAGUCCAGACCUCCUUGGGCAGAGGAGAGAUGUAAUGUCCUAAGCAGCCAGUUAUGUUGACCGCAUCCUGACAGUGUUCUCUCUUUCAGGAUGCGUUGGCCAAUACAUUGACAGACUGA